GUGGCGCUUCUGCGUGCGAGGCGCCGACACCCUGGAGCUGCCGGACAGCUGGGAGGGCGACAUCCGCGUCCCCUUCUGCCUCCAGGCCCCGCUCUCCGGCGCGCUGGACUCGCUGCCCGCGGCGCGCCUGCGGGAGCUGGGCCUCAGCCGGCCCCCGCUGGCUGCCCCGCUGCGGCGGGGCCUGUUCCUGUGGUACCACCGGCGGCUGCCCAGGCUGCCCGCGGAGUGGUACGGCGAGGACACCGGCGCGAUCGAAUCCGCGCGGAGCUCCAAAGCCUCACGCUCAUGCCGCCGUUCCUUCCGCUUGUGUCGGGGCGUGCGACAGCGUCGCGGACGUGGCCGUCAACGGCGUCUGGUUCCCGCAGCACGUGGGCGGCAGCACGCGCUUCGAGGCCGAUGUCACCCAGGCCCUCCGCGGCGCGGCACCCGGCGCGGGCCCUGCGACGCUGCAUGUGCGCUGCGCCGACCGCCUGCCCGACGACGGGGGACUGCAGCCCUGUGGCAAGCAGCUCCACCCGCGGGGCUACGUCGGGCACGGGCCGCACCUGCCCACGCUCUACUCCAACGUGACCGGCAUAUGGCAGCACGUCUGGCUCGAGGCCGUCAGCGCCAGGGCGCGCCUGGCCUCGGUGAAGGUGGUACCCCGCCACGACGAGGGCGAGGACCAGUGGUCUCUGGAGAUCGACGCAAUCCUGCCCAAGGGGUGCAGCCGGAGCGGGCUGCGUUUCGCCGCCACCCUGCUGGCCUCCCGCUCUCCGGGAGGCGAGGAGCUCCUGUCCAAGAAGCGUGGCGCUGGGCGCCGGCGAGCGCCGUCUGCGCCUCCGCGUGCCCCGGGCGCUGGCGAGGCGCUGGAGCCCAGAGGAGCCGCACCUCUACGGGCUGCGGCUGGAGCUCCUCGUGGGGCGCGAGGCCUAGCGGGCCCCCAGACGGUGUGGUGA